AUGUCGGGCAAGAGUAACAACACGGUAUCAAUCAAGGGCUCUCAGCAUUCUGCUACGGGGAAGCAGUCCACAUCGAGUCAACAGAGCCUCGUGUCCAAGGGCGAGGACCCGUUAUAUGGUGUCGAUGAUUGCAACCAGCUGUGGGAGGACGGUGUUGGAGGCUACUAUGAGCGCUUGGCUGUUGAAAAUGACAACGGGCAUGCAUUCGACCGCGCCUCGGUGCACCCUGCCUUUGGCGGCUCUAACGCUCAGUCCGAUGCCUUGCAACAUCGAACGUUUGAGCCAGAACUGGAAGUUGGCUGCAGCGAACAAGAGGCCAUUUGGAAGAAUGCGGAUUCAUACGGCGCCAUUCGCACACCGACAAGCCAGCAGUCCAUCAUGUCGUCCUUCACGACUAAACCGGAACAGCAGCCGCCUUGCAAUCCCCUGCCUCGGUCAAUGCUACAAGACGACUCCCGAGCCAACAAGCGUUUCCGUAACAUAGCCACUAGCAGUGUCUUUGCGAACAACGAAACGGUCCAACCGGUCCCCUUGCGUUCCCAAGUUCCCCCUGCCGCCCAAUCCUACACCCAACAGCGCAAUGUAGCAGCACCGAGCAGCGUCUACACGAACACCGAACCAGCCCGCCCCCACCCCCCGCAGAUCGACGUGUCACCCUUCGCGGUCCAACCUCAACACGCAUCGUCAGGCUUGGUCAAGGGCGAACCCUCGCGCCGCCUUCGUCCAGACGCGGCUGAUCACCCGUCAACAGGACUCCCUUACCGCCCCGCCCCGGUCUCAUCUGGCCGCCCCAACCGGCCUGCGACUAGCCAUGAGAAGUUUGGGUGGGAGGAAGAAGACGACAUCGUUGAGCGGCCGACUUUUCAGGAGUAUUACGAAAACAAACGCAAGCCCGUGCCCCUGCCCCCCUCGGGACGCCGGCAGCACUACGGACGAAGACCAAGCCCCCCGCCGCAACCCCGGCCUCUGACGUCUCGUCUGCGGCCCGCGGCUCCCGGGUCGCCCGGUAUCCCCGACGCGGCACGGACCCUGACUCUGGACGAGGUUCGCCGUAUGACGCUGGCGAGGGGCCCUGCCGCGCCCAGCGACGUCUUGACUAUAUGGCCCCACGACUCCAUCACCAGUGUCGGUAUGCCCGGGUAA